GUUACCCUUAGUAUCGAUACCGUUGGUAUCGAUGCUAGUAUCGCCCAUCCCUACCCAUUGCUAUGCUAAUUAAGAAAAUGUUGCAACAAUUUGUGAAAUACUCAGCUGCCUUUAAAUUUGUUUCAGGUUAUGUAACUGUAUUCACUAUUCGCCCAUUGGACAACACACAAAAAAAGAAACAUUUCACAACGAAAAUUGAUCCAGAUGCUCCUGUUGAAAUAGAAAAUCCAUUUGCAAAAGAGCGUAUCCAAUGCAUUUUAUGUAAACACAACAUUACACCAGAUUAUAAAAACGUUCAAUUAUUGUCACAAUUCCAAAGCCCUUACACAGGUAGAGUAUAUGGAAAACACAUAACUGGUUUGUGCAAAACACAACAGGAGCAAAUUGAAACAGAAAUAGUAAAGGCCCAGAAUGCCGGUUUAAUGGCAACUUACCACAAAGCUGUACAUUUCAUGAACGACCCUAGGCUGUUUGAUCCUGAAAAACCAAUACGUUUACAUAAGUAUUAAAAUUGGUGCACAACCGGGGGUUCGCGGGAGACAAGAGGGCCGCGAGGUUAAUCCAGGGAGGCUGAGAAGCUCUUGGUAAAUUUGACAGGUAAUAAAAAUUUCUAGAUAUCUAUGUGAAAGCGCUCCCUGGGCUUGGUGGUUGAGCUCCUAUCUGUUUCCAUCAAGCUACGCACAAAACGCCGAUUCAAGCACAAAAAGCCGAUUCAAGCGAUAAGCCGAUACACGAACCAUCAUUUAUUUACGUGAAAAGCGACGUCUGGUAGAAAUCCAAAAAACCACACAUAUUUUAAUUUCAAGUCUAUGUAGAAAAUAAUAAAAUUUCCGUUGUCUAAAAA